AAAAAAAAAAAAAAAAAAAAAAAAAAGCGAUGCGAGGCACGCUCCGUUGCCAGCUGCAACACCCCGUCCUUUCUCUUGUAUCACCCACCCCAGCAAUCAUCGACACUAUUGCGCUACCCAGGGUAGUAAAGCAGCAGCAGUGUCACCUAUUCAGCCAUAGCUCACAGCAAUUGCGCUCUAUCCCCCUCAAUGGCAAUACCAGGACCUUGAUAAAACACUCAGGAACAGACUGCUCGUCGAUUUAUUCGGAUUUCCUUUCUCGAACCAAAAGCUGUGCUACUUCUGAGCCGCUGUCUGCUUCCUUAAUAUGGUUCAGAUCCUUUGCUGUCAGUGCAGGUACCAACAGCGUCCGAGGAUGUCUGAGGACCAAGAAGACUAGUACAGGAUCGCUCAAUGGUGGCGGUUCCUGUCCAACAGAUUUUUUCAAGGCGGCAAAUCCCUGGACUGUUCAAAAUGGAAAUAUUUCGUGGCGGAGCCCCUCCUUGUCCCGGAAAGCCGGUUCUGUCGAAUGCACACUCUUUCAAUUGCGUCCGCAGCACCACCGGCAGACGUUGGUGUCUCGGUAUCACACCUCUUCCUCCAAUAGUAGUAGUCACAGCAACAACCACAACAGCAGCAACUUCAGCGGCUCGAAUUCCGUUACAAGAACCGACGCUCUUCAAACAUGGCGUCGGCCAUUCCGUUAUCUACCCUCGGCCUCCGGACCAGAGCCACGAUCCCUGGCAACCAUGCCUACUAUGCCAGCUAUGAAAGGAACACCGCCAAAGCUGACUGAAUCUGCCACACGACUUCAGCGAUCCAUGGCAGCGGUGCCCCAUCACACCAUCAAGAACGAGAUCAAGUUGCGCUGCACCGAGUUUGAUCACAGGGGCAACGUUAAGACGACCGCGGGCGAAUUUUUGAAGAGUGAUCUGUGCCAGCAGCAUGGACUGCAUGCACGAGACUUGCGCAAGAUUGACAGCAGCUUCAACAACCAGAUGCCAGUGAUCCUUGUGCGCCCCGAGGCCAUUUUGGUCAACGUUGGCCAUAUCCGGGCGCUGAUCAAGGCCGAUCUUGUGGUCCUGUUCGACUCUUUUGGAUCUACAGACAGUUAUAAUCAAUCGAUCUUUAUUUACGAUCUAGAGGAGAAGCUGAGGAUGAGCACCAGCGCUGCAGGUGGACUUCCAUUUGAAUUUAGGGCAUUGGAAGCAAUCUUUAUUUCAGUACUGUCUUCAUUGCAGUCUGAGAUGGAGGUCCUGGUCCACUUUGUCACCAAUUUGUUGGCCCAUCUGGAAGAAAGCAUCGACCAAAACAAGCUGAAGGAGCUCUUGCAGUACUCCAAAAAGCUAUCCCAGUUCGAAUCUAAGACGCUACUAAUCCGCGAUGUUUUUGUUGAACUCCUGGAUCAAGAUGAAGAUUUGGCCAACAUGUACCUGACGGAAAAGAAGCUGGGUCGUCCUAGGACGACGGACUCUCAUGAAGAAAUCGAGAUCCUGCUCGAGUCUUACCUAAAGCAAGUCGAAGAGAUUGCGAACACAGUCUCGAUUGUCAAGCAGCAGAUGCAGUCGACAGAGGAGAUUGUGAAUGUUAUUUUGGGAGCCAACAGGAACCAGCUGCUGCUGUUUGAGCUCCGAAUUGCGAUGGGCACGCUUGGCAUGUCGAGCGGUGCAAUCAUUGCCAGUCUGUACGGCAUGAACUUGCACAACUACCUGGAAACGAACCCACAUGCGUUUGCGAUUGUUGGGUCGACAGCACUAGGCAUCAGUAUGAUGGUAUUUGCAUUCUGCUCACGUAAACUGAAGCAGCUCGCAAGGGGGACGACCUGAGAGAUUGGUGAGAAGGGUUCAUCAAUAGACUUCAUCAUCAUCAUCACUUGAUGCCAAAAGACCAUAGAAGUUUGUUUUUCGUAGCCGUCAUUUUUCUUUUUUUUUUCCUUCAUUGCUGCAACUGUUAUAAAGCAUCCUCCUGUAUUUAUAAGUUAA